UUCUACUUCCGGGGCGGGACCAGCGGCGGGGCGGGCGCGCUGUCGCCCGGCCUGUGUGGAGCUCAGUGGCGGCAGACACAGCGGUGGCGGCGGCACGGCGCAGGCAGUGGCUCGGGGAGCUGCAUCAUGAGUGGAUCACAGUACAAUGACAAAAGACAAUUUCUUCUGGAGCGACUGUUGGAUGCAGUAAAACAGUGCCAGAUCCGCUUUGGAGGGAGAAAAGAGAUCGCCUCAGAUUCUGACAGCAGAGUAACCUGUCUGUGUGCUCAGUUUGAAGCCGUCCUGCAGCAUGGCUUGAAGAGGAGUCGAGGAUUAGCACUCACAGCAGCGGCCAUCAAACAGGCUGCUGGCUUCACCAGCAAAACUGAGACAGAGCCCGUGUUCUGGUACUAUGUGAAGGAGGUCCUCAACAAACACGAGCUGCAGCGCUUCUAUUCCCUGCGCCACAUUGCCUCCGACGUGGGCCGGGGCCGGGCCUGGCUUCGCUGCGCCCUCAACGAGCACUCCCUGGAGCGUUACCUGCAUAUGCUUCUGGCUGACCGUGGCAGGCUCAGCACGUUUUAUGAAGACUGGUCUUUCGUAAUGGAUGAAGAAAGGUCUAGCAUGCUUCCUACCAUGGCAGCUGGUCUAAACUCCAUACUUUUUGCCAUUAACAUCGACAACAAGGAUUUAAAUGGGCAAAGUAAGUUUGCGCCCACCGUCUCUGACCUCUUAAAGGAGUCAACACAGAAUGUGACUUCCUUGCUGAAGGAAUCCACACAAGGAGUGAGCAGUCUUCUCAGAGAGAUCACAGCCUCCUCUGCUGUAUCCAUCCUCAUCAAACCCGAGCAGGAGACUGACCCUCUGCCUGUUGUGUCUAAGAACGUCAGUGCUGAUUCCAGAUGUAAAAAGGAGCGGAAGAAGAAAAAGAAAGUGACCAAUAUUAUCUCAUUUGAUGACGAGGAGGAAGAACAGAAUUCUGGGGACAUUUUAAAAAAAAUUCCUUGGGCAGGGGAGAGCUCAGAGGAAAAUUCAGACCGCUCCUCAGUCAAUAUCAUGUCAGCUUUUGAAGGCCCCUUUGGGCCAAAUUCCAAUGGAAGCCAGAGCAGCAACUCAUGGAAAAUUGACUCUUUGUCUUUGAACGGAGAGUUUGGGUACCAGAAACUUGAUGUGAAAAGCAUCGAUGAUGAAGAUGUAGAUGAAAAUGAGGAUGAUGUGUAUGGGAGCUCAUUGGGAAGGAAGCACAUAGGCCACUCAGGGUCACCAGAGAAGCCACUGGAUGGGGAUGCCUGCCUCUCCCAGGUGCACAGCUGGGCUCCGCUGCAGGUGCUACAUGGUGACAAUGAUGUCCUCUUCCCUGUCAGUGGAGUGGGCUCUUGUGCUUCUGCAGGUGUGCCCCUGGGAAGCCUGGAGAAUGGGACAGGACCUAAUGAUCACCUUCUGGCGGAGCCUGGCCUUCGGUACAGUGUGGAAACCAGUUCUCCAGGUCAAGGAAGUCCUCUAACCAACCAGUUACCUUCUGCCUCAGUGCCAGAGUCAAUGACAAUUAGUGAAUUGCGGCAAGCCAUUGUAGCCAUGAUGAAUAGGAAGGAUGAGUUGGAAGAAGAGAACAGGUCACUGCGGAACCUACUUGAUGGCGAGAUGGAGCACUCGGCUGUGCUGCGGCAAGAGGUCGACACCUUUAAAAGGAAGGUGGCUGAGCAGGAGGAGCGACACACCAUGAAGGUCCAGGCAUUAGCAAGAGAAAACGAGGUGCUUAAGGUCCAGCUGAAGAAAUAUGUAGGAGCUGUCCAGAUGCUGAAAAGAGAAGGUCAAACAGCUGAAGUUGUGCCAAAUCUUUGGAAUGUGGAUGGAGAAGUCACUGUCCCUGAACAAAAGCCGGGAGAAGUUGCUGAAGAGUUGGCAAGCUCCUAUGAAAGGAAGCUCAUUGAGGUGGCCGAGAUGCAUGGGGAGCUGAUCGAGUUCAAUGAGCGGCUGCACCGGGCCUUAGUGGCCAAGGAGGCUCUCGUAUCCCAGAUGCGCCAGGAGCUCAUUGACCUCCGGGGACCGGUACCUGGAGAUUUGAGUCAAACAUCGGAAGACCAGAGUUUGUCAGAUUUUGAAAUAUCAAACCGGGCACUGAUCAACGUCUGGAUCCCAUCCGUAUUUCUCCGUGGCAAAGCAGCAAAUGCAUUCCAUGUUUAUCAGACUGGUAAGUAAAGACCUGCUAUAUGCCAAGUCUGUGCCAAACUCUGCAAAAUCAGUGGUGAGCUGGCCUUGACUCUGGACUUACCCUCAUUGGCCUGCCAGUCCAGUGAGGGAGACAGUCUACUAAGGAAAGGAGCAUUGCUCUGCAGAGAGGGAGACCAUGGAGGAGCAGAACACUGCCCACCCUGCAGCAUGGAUAUGAUAUGUGAUGAGGUAUAAAGCGCUGAGCACAGUGUGUGGCACUGGGCUUCUUGUGAAUAUUAUCUUUCGGGAGCUGCUAAGUACUUGUUUUAUGAUAAGCAAAAAAUCCUGUAAGCAGGUAUAAAAAGAAUUUGUCCAUUUCCCUGAAUGUCUUUGAGUGCUUGUGUGUUCAAAACUUUGAUUUAGCAUCUACCUUACUGAGAUCCCACAUCAGCUGUGACAGGGUAUCAGAGAAUAAGAUGCCAUUAUUUUCAAGGGAUCUUGGUUCUCAUGAGGAGAGAUGCCCUCAUUCAGGCAUCUGGAAGGCAAGGGUGGCAUCUGUGAGAGGUGCCAAGAAGGAUUUGCAGGGGUGACAGCUGGCACUUGUGGGCAGCUAGCAGCAUCUGCUGUAGGCAUCUUGAUUUCUGUCCUUUCCUCCUUUCUGUUACUCCUGAAGGAGGAGCUAAUCCUUAUCUCCAUGUUAUAGGCAAAGCAGUGUGACUCCAUGGUUGAGUGACUUCCUUUGGGUCACCCUGUGGAGCCUGUUUUGCUGUACUCUUUGUCCCUUCCCUGGAGCUCACCCCCUACAGGCUAUGUCAUGAGUAUUUGUUUCACCAGAAUGAGCCUGUUUCCAUAAUCUGCCAUGGGAUUCUGCCCAUUGUUUUAUUGACCCAUCAGUCAUUGUCAAAGCUGCUAUGGGUAGCUGGUCCUGGAGAAAGGUAAUAUUCUCACAGUAGAGAGAACUGCAAGUCCAGAAUUUGUAAUUGAUGGGUCCCCAGGAAUAUGAGAAAUUCAUUAAGUGUGGAGGCUUUUUUGGCCUUAAAGGUAUAAAGUCAAGGAGUAUAGAAUUUGAGGAAAAUUCAGAGCUCACCUCUGUGCAUAUAUGUGGAUGUGUGCAUAUAUGUGGAUGUGUGCAUGGGUGUGGGCCUUUUUUUUCAAGGGUUUACUCUGUGCUGUAAUUUUAUAUUUGGAAAGCUGAAAAUCAAAAAGACCUGGGCUUUAUAGACAGUCUACAGGUAGAAGUGGUAACUGGGAUAUUCAAGCCUAACUCCCUUUUUUUGUUAUUUUUGUGUGAGGAAACCCAAAGCAGUAACUUACACAAGACUACACCAACAGUGACACAUACAGCUGUGUACAGACUUGCUUCUUUCAUCUUUUUGUAGCCUUUCAGAGCUGCCUAAUCCUUGUCCCUUUCCUAACUCCCUCAAUACCCACCUAUGAGCCAGUGUCAACUAGAGAGCUGCCCAUUGCGGGCAUCAGACACCUGAUGACUAGGAAGAUUAGGAUGUGAAACUAACACACUGGCUCGGCAUGGAGAUUGGCAUUUGCUGUGUUGUUUAUUCUCAGUUCUGUGGUCACAGUUGCCACUUGCUGAACAGUUGCUGCUUUAUUGAGUUGGGAAGGGAGGGUGGGGCCUGGAUCUGUGAAUAAAGCAGUUAAAUGCUAAUGGAAAAGUGUGUUGUACAUCACAUUUACAACCAUGAGAAGUGUCUUCAGAAGGCAUUAAAAAAUAAGGAUGUAGCCAGAUCACUGGCAUGAUGGUUAUGUCUCCUAACUGCAGUCAGAAUACUUCAAAAAUGACAGUGCCAGGGCAGAUAGCAGACAGAAUUAUGGGAGGACCAUGAAGUAGAAUGGCCAGUAGGGUGCCUGACUUAGUCAUUGGUGACAAAGGGACAGUUAUCAUUGAGAGGCCUGAAUCUGAAGUAGAGUGGAAAGUGACUGAAGGGCAGCAGGAAGAGUAUCAAGGGGGAAGGAACCAGAGAAGGAGACGAUUGUGGAGAGAGGUGGACAUCUGAGAGGAGACAGAAUGAAGGACCUGAGGAAGAGCUGUUUUUAGGGUGGCAGGCAGAACCACUAUCUUCAGGUGCCCUUAGAAGUGUACUUCAUGAGUGCUUAGAGCUCUAACUGGAGCCACCCUACUCUGUGCCUUGUAGAGACCACACCCUCUGGCUGCAGUCUUUUCCAGCAGGAUGAGAUGUCUUUGGGGGUCCCUAGGGUCCAGCAAUAUCACUUCCUGCCUUAUGUUGAAUGGAGCACACUCCUGCACCAGUCCUGGGGAGGCCUUCCCAGCUUCCUCCUGUGGGUCCCCGGCUCUGGCUUUUCCCAUUCUUCCAUGAGGAGGCCAGGGAACUGCAGGAGGAAGGGACAGUGGCCCCUUGGAAACAUUGAAGGUGUUCAAAGUUUCUCUUUGUGCUACAGUGACAGCCUUAUUCCUCCUGUUUUCCUGUGCACUGUGUGAACAAGUGCUGGACAACUAGGUACCAGGCAUCACUGCCAAGAUUUUUCCUUCAGUAUUGGCUUUCAGAGAACCCAUGUUUGUUUACUGUUCUUUUUUUUGGUCUUUUUUCCUUUUUAUUGGUACCGGGAAUCGAACGCAGGACUGCCUGCUUGCAAGGCAGGUACUUAUGCCGCUGAGCUAAAUCCCCAACCCCUUGUUUGCUGUUCUUAAAUGACAGUGUCUGGUGUUCUACUUCAUAAAAAGUAGGAGAUAUGUUUGGAGUCAUUUGCUUUUUAUUAAAAUGUGUCACACAGUCCCUCGCAUCAGUAAAGAAGCAAAAUCCCAAGAAAAAUAACUUGCUAUGACACAAAUUUGUGUUUUCUUCCACUAGACUUUUCCCAGGUUCCUCUGUCAUACCUGCUGGCCCUUUUCUUCUCCCCUGCCUAAAGUCCUUUGAAAAACCUUUUCUUGUCUGGCUGUUGUUUUUGGAAAGCCUGAAGCAGAUGUGAGGGGAGUGAAGGUCCCAGCUUGGGCAGACAUUCUAGCCCAUCUUGCAUGCCGUGGGAGCAGCACCCAGGAGCCCUGGGCUCUGUUCAUAGAGGCAUCACACAGGCACCACACCGUCCUGAAGACCAGAGAGCAGGCAGGCUUUCCCCAUCUUCUCAGCAGCAGUUCCAUCCUGGAGCUGUGAUUCAAACAUAGAGAACAGUUCCUUCCAGCACUCUUAUGUCCUAUUCCCUUUGCAGAGGACCAUGUAACAUGUUUGAAUGAGGCCUUGUGAUUACAUGGGCACAAUAGGCUAUUUCUUCUUUCCCAGUACUGUCCAAAUGAAAGAUAAACAUUUCAAAAUUCCCAGCCACACAGGCCUCCUGGUUGGAAGGUUGGUAUUUGCAUGUCAGGGUGGUGUGCAGUUUGAGGCCCACCAUUUGCACUGUCAGACCUCCCACCUGCCUAAUGUUAGAGCAGGAAAAAAUAAAGUGCUUGACCUCCUGGCACAGGACCUCACAUAUUGGAGGCUGAAACAAGGCUGGGUGAUAAAGUGGUUGGGGUGGAUGGAGUCUUCUGCAUCAAGAAGUAAGGCUUGGGCGAGAGGAAGGACAGAUAGUCUUCCUGUGCAGCUCAUCUGAGAGUGUAGGUGGUGGGCAUUCUUCCAGGAGCAAGGCCUUGACUGCUUCCUUGUCCUCACAUGUGUAGCCUGCUGGGCAAAUGGCUCAGGAUGGACCUUGCUUGGCUGAUGCAGUGCUAGAAAGACAUGUGGUAAGGCAGAGUUCUGAUUGCUUGAUUUCCUGGUCUGUAAGAGUGAAACUGCCCCUCUCCAGAAGCCUAUUGGAUGAUCAGACAUCCAGAAUAAAAAGGUGUGUUCUUUUCACAGAUUCUGCCUAAACCUGCCUGAUGUUCCCUCCUCAGGUUGGGGAGUGGGGGAUGGGUAAGGGAAAGCUGUCCUUACUGGCAUCCAGAGCAUGGGGCCAGAGAUGGUACUUAAUAUCCUCAACCCACAGGACCUCCCCCUAAAGCAAGUAGUCACCUGAUCCACAGUGCACGCACAGUUCAGCAGCUCUGCCUUUAGUGAACAUUGUAGCCAUCCUGUGCUUGUCCCCUGAGGGCAGCUUUACCAGGGGACCUGCGUCUUGGUAUGAGUGCUGGUGGUCACAGUGGAUUCUGAGCAUUCUUGGACACACUGAUGACAGAGUCCUCUGGGUAAAGGCAUCUACUUACCUUCUUGCUCCUGGAAUGUGACCCUGCCUCCAUCCAGGGCUAGGCUUCUUAUGUGGUGGCAGUGUGGGAGAUGAGCUACCACUCAGGUUUUUGUACCAAGACCUGAUUCCGGCUCCACCCUGGCAUUCUCAUGGUGGCAGGAGAAAGAACCCUAUCUCAGACCGACAUGGAUUUACUUCACAGAAAGGAUGAAGGGCAUAGCAUCAAUUUUAGGGGCUCGAUGGCAUCAGUAUUCAGCCUCCCAUCUUCGUAGUUGUCUUUAAGUUGGCUGUGUUCAGAGUUGACUGUGGAGACAGAUGUUAGUGGGUGGCUACAGGCUGACACCUCUGGCUCAGUUGCCCUGAUUGGAAAAGCCUUCUCUUUUCUCCCACAGCUAACAGCAUCAUGGGAUUGAGUCUCACUGACUCACUGAUCUGGGCCUUACCUACAUCCAUUCAAUGCUGUGUUUGGGUGGGCCAGGGCACACACCUCCCAAAUCUGCCGCUUAGUGGAAGAAUGAGGGUAUUCUUACAGCAGAAGGCAAGAUGGAGUCAUUCUAGCCAAAACAGCACAUUCAUGCCUUUGGGCUAGGGGGAGCCAUAUGAUGGUGUGUAUUUCUGCACUGUGGUGGCUCACCUACAGCACUGUUGAAAUUUGGACCAGAUAAUUUUUGUUAGGUGAGUCUUCUGUGCAUUGUGGGUCACGGAACAACAUCCAGAUUCUAGUAAAUAGCAGCCACACCUUCUCCUGAAUUGCCUCAACCUAGAAUGUCUCAAGCAUUGCCAUAUUCCCCCAGGAAGCAGAACUGCUUUGGUGCAAAACCACUGCUCUGUGUGGGCCCACAGAUGUUACUGUAGUUUCAUGUUGUUUUGUUUUUAAAAUUAAUUGUAUGAUAAAAUACAAACUCUUUCUUGUCUCAUAGAUAGUUGUCUUCCUUAUUCUUCCUAAGCAUCUGAAUAUAUCACAGUAUGAAGGACUCAUAAUUUAUGUAACUCCUCUGAAUGAGAGAUACUUAGGUGGAUUCCAUUUCUUGUUGACAGUGAACAAAACUGUCAAACUUGUUCUUGUGCAAACUGCUUUAUAUAUUUGUAGGUAUUUCUGUAGGAAUAAUAGGUAGAAGUGGAUAUGCUAAAGUAAAGAAUAUACAUUUUUUAUUUUAAUAGGCCCAGCCAAACUGCUGUCCCAAAAGGCUGAACCAGUUUUCAGUCAUAACAAGGUAACAGAGUACUUUAUCCUGGUUCCUUACCAACACUGAGUAUAGUCAGUCUUCUAAACCUUACCAGUGUGACAGAGGAAACUACAUUUCACAAUUUGAGGAUGUACAUUUUUCAUGUCACUUGUGAGUUUGAACAUGUACCUGUGCUUUAAUUUGCCCCCCCUUCAUUUUAUGAAUAACAUAUUAGUAUCCUUUUCCUAUCAUUAUAUUGCAUUGUUUAUCACCUUCUGAUCCAUUAGGAUGGUGAGCCUUUGUUAUAUAUGCUUCAGAUUCUGGCUUAGCUUUUUGUUUAUAAGAUUUUUAAAAAUUAUAUAUUUUUGUUUCUUGAUCUAUAAAAUCUUGGAAAAAAAGGAAUUUCUUGGUUGAUCUGCCGGCAUACUAUGCAUUAUUUCAUUUCAGUAUCAAAAGAAUCCUGAGAUUCAGUAGACAUUCUUUCCAGUUUAGAGCCAGAGAAGGAGAUCUUCAGAAUGUUAAGUAAAUAAUUUGCCUAUGAUCACAUAGUUCAAAAGUAUCAUCACUUUUUCCUCCACUCAAAGUUUAGGAUUCCUUUUCCUGUACAGAAUUUCCAGAAGGCAAAAUGGAGAUCAGCAGGUAGAAGUUGGACAGAAAUAAGUUUUGAUUGAUCUGUUUAUCUGUCUGUUCAUCUGUUAGCCUUUCUAUACAGCCAUCCUACUCUGGGCUAGAUGCUAGGGAUAUAAAUGAUAGAGACAUAAUCUUAUCCAUUGGCUAAUUGAUAUAAGAAAGAUUGAAUGCAGAUAGCUAUUUAGUGGAAGGGUAAUCUUAGCAGUACUUAUCUGGAUACUCCAUGCCAAGAUCAAAAAUAGGUAAUCCCUUCAUUUGGGUGGCAGAAUCCUCUCAGUGACAUCGACCCCUGUCCAGUGUUGGAGGGACUAGUUGACACCUGAGGUCCCUUUCCAAGAUUGUAAGUUUGUAAAAACUGCCAACUUUCAGACUUUCCUGGCCUAUACUCUGUGAAAGGGACCUUAGUUGCUACCUAUUUUUGGUGAUUUCAUGGUCACAGCACAGGAAUCUACCUUGAGGCUGUCCUAAGGACCCAAACCUGUGAAAGUACUGACUGAUCCCUCCUUGCACUUUUUGGAGGGAGCUGUCUGAACUCAGUAGCUAACAAAAUCAAGACUAGAAUCUGAAGAUUUGCUCCAAUCUAGGGAGACCUUCACAUCAUCCUAAGUGUUCACCACUGCAUUAUACAUACCAGGAGCGCUGGGUUAAGCCUUUAUCUCACGAUGAAGUAGACAAUGAGGAGUUGUUGCUUUAAGCUUCCAGUCUUUCGUCCCACUUCUUCCAGACAUAUAGAAGCAUUUCCAGUUCAGCCUUGAGUGAUUAUCUCCUUGCUUCAUAGGGGCAGCUCAUCCCAAGAUACUGUGAAUUCCAGCUUCUUGCCAGGUUUCUCAACAUAGUAAGAUUCUAUCAGACUGCUUGGCUGUAUAGAUUUGGAAUCAGCACCCUGGAUUGGCGGCUGUGAGGAGGCUGCUUUUCAGAAGCCAAGACAGAAGGAGAGUGUGGAAAAUAAUGUAGUUUGCUUACUGGGGCAGUGGCAAGUCUCAAAGGAUGGUAUGACUGUGAGAGCACAGGAUAGCAGAGUUGGGGAUGAGGAAUUUCAGCUCUGGGGUUGUGAUGCUGCUGGUCUGCCUUGGUGCAGAGCUGGGGAAGUGUAGACAGAGCAGGUGCAGAGGUAGAGAAAAGACAUGAGGGAAACAAGCUUUGAUGUUUCAAUUGCCAGAGGAAGCCAAAAGGAAAACAAGCUGCUUCUUGCUUGCAGGGUAUGAGUUAGUGAAAAUAGGUUAUGUAGAGGUGACUGAGCAUACUACCAGUUCUCUCUGCCCACUGCCCACUGCCCACUGCCCAGUUUUGCAUUACUCUGUUUAAGAAGGAGAAACAGGAGAAUGCACAAGGUCAUUGUUAACUAGAAGCAUGUUGUUUAUUGACACCCCCCGCCCCCUGGUGGUACUUGAGAUGGUACCCAGAUGUGUUCUACCACUGAGCAACAUCAUCACACCUUUUUAUUUUUUAGUUUGAGACAAAGUCUCCCUAAGUUGCCCAGGCUGACAUUGAACUUGUGAUCUGCUUCAGCCUCCAAAAUAGUUGGGAUUACUGGUACACAUCAUUAUACUUGUCUUAUUGAGCCUUUCAUGUACAUAGCUGUGAUUCAUAUUCGCUAACUCAGGAGUGAAAGUAUUUUCUUUCCUAUUUACAAAUGGGUAAAUAGAGCUUAUUAUCUUCAGACCUAGAUCUAGCACCUUACGAGUUCUAUUUUUUUAAGUUCACACCAUAUUAAUAGCAUUGAAUUUCAUUGUGGCGUUGUAAGACAUACAUACCUACAUGCACACACAUAUCUGUCACACGUAAGACAUAUCUUAGUUACUUCCCUUGUCAUUGAGACACAAUAUACAACACCCAAAACUUAAAAGAGGAGAAGUUUAUUUUUGCUGACAGUUUAGUCCACACUCAGCUGGCAGAAAUGGCAUGGUGGAAGGGCAUGACAGAAGGAUCUAGAGGAAGAAAGUGACUCAUGUGAUGGUGGCCAGGAAGAAGGCAGAGAAGGGAGAGGUAAGAGAGAGAUAUAAUCCUGCCAGGUUAUUCUUCCAGUGCUCUAACUCUUCAGACCAGUUCCCCCUCCAAUGCAUGCAGCUGUUGGGUAUAAAGCCCUCAUGAUCUGAUCAUCAUCCAAGGCCUCACCUGUGAUGUUCUAGAUCUACAUCACAGCAGCAGUACACUUUGAUCAUAUCCACUCCCUCGGUGCCUACCCUUCUCUUUCCUCAACUCCUGAUCCUCUUCUCUGUCUUCCUCUUAUUUCAUAUCAUCUUUUUUCUAUAUUCCAUAUAUAAGAGAAAAUUUACAAUAGCUGUCUUAAGUUCUGUAUUCUUUAUGAGAAAAAUACCACCUUUCUUAACUGAGUUUUGCUAAGAGAGGAGAGAGAAUGUGAAUUAAUGAGGGUAACAGUAUUUGCCAGGGAUGAUAUGAUGGUGACAGUGAUGAUUGGUGAUGGAUGAUGAUGAUGAUGAUGUUUGAUGAUGGAUGACGAUGAUGACAACUAAUGAUUGCAUAGUGACAUCUGUAAUGUUUGCUGAGUUCUUCCCAUAUGCCAAACACUGCACCAAGUCUUUCUGUGCCUUAUCUCCUUGAACUCCACAACACAUGGGAACAUUUUAAUUACAGCUGUAAAAAGAAGAAGCCAGUGUUCUUCUUGAGCACCCUAUCUGCAUUAAGAAAAAGUCAGGUAAAGAAAUGUUGAGGAAUCUUUUUCCACUAUAUAGAAAAAGCUUUGUACUUAUCAUAGUUGGUUUUCAAGUACUGUAUUCUUAGUCAAGGAACUGGCAGAACCUGGGGAACCACAAACCCCAUUUAAUCUUCAAACCUCUUCUGGCACCUGUUUUUAUUCUUUGAGUGACUUGAUCUUUGCUUGGACUUGCAAAAAGGUCAGUGUUGCCUACUCUGAAUUUCCACCUUCUUGGCUCUUAUGACUAGCACUCAUCACAUAAGGUUUCAAGCUCUUUUCAUGAAGAACAGCACUUUAUUCUUGACUUGGCUUCUAUUUACCUGUGUUUUCAACACUUUGGGCUGUAGAUCCUUGACAGGUAUAAAACCUACCUCUAUUCUAGCCAUGACCUUAAAACAAGAGAAGUAACCUUCCUAGCCUCAGUGUCCUUAUCUACGAAAUGCCCCUGCUGACUACCUCAGGUCUAUAGAUAACAGGAGAACUAGGUGACACAUGGUAGGAAGAGCAAUAGACACAGUCCUCAGUCCUUUCAUGGGUAAUUCAUAGACAUUUCUCUCUGCCUUGUCCCCAUCUUACUGUCAAACUGUAGAAGAGACAGAGGUGAUGCCCUCAGGAGCACAAUCUGUGCCCUCCUUCUUUGCUGUCACUGUCCCCCAGGAUGGACAAGGGCAAGGGCAGAGCUGUCCCAUUGUUUGUCACAGAGCUUGACCUCCUUCACUACCUCUUCAUCUUUAGUUCAUCUGUUUUCUGUAGGCUGGUCCCAAGGCUAAGUGGUUUUACCUCCAUCAUCUUGUUUAAUCCUCACGGUCAGUUCUGUGAGUUCAGGACUAUUAUUAUCUCCCUUUAUGGACAUAAGAUCUGACACCCAGAGGUUUUUAGACUUCAUGUCGUGUAAAAACGUAAAAUCAAGUUUCUCUGGCAGACCCAAUUGUGUGCUGCACUUAAGGAUCCACCUGAGCCAUCUGCCAGCAUGUCAGUGGCCACCACAGAAGCAUGAGUCAUGCAGCAGAUCCUCGGCCUUAGGAGGGAAUUUUGUAGCUUCUCACUACCCUUUCUUCACAGGAGAAGAUGCUGCUUUCAUUGAUUUGGAGACAUGUACUAUUUUCAAAGCUUGGUAUCUCUGACAUCAAGAUGGGUCUCACAGUUGAUGGCAUCCCAGAUUUUGUGAAACAUUGUAUUACCAGUUAUCACCUCAUUCUUUACUUUAAUCAUUCCAGUUCUCUAUCAUUGCAUUCCACAUUAAUUAGUAUGUUUUAAUUUUGGAACUUCAAGAGAAAUGAUAAAAGCAGUAAAGGAAAGCUUGGGAUGGAUAAUUCAGUGACACAGCACUUGUGUAGCAUACACAAGGCCCUGGGUUGUGUACACACACACACACACACACACAGAAUUUCCAUGUGCCUUUCAUCCAGGUUCCCCCAGUGCAUAGCACUUUAUCAGGAAACUGAGACUGAGACAAUUCUAUUAGGCUUUGUUUUAACAUUGGAGUUAAGAAAAAUGUGAUUCCUGUCAUUCCUAAUAUUAUGACUUGGGUAGGAGACAGCUCUGAAAUCAGUAACUACAAGGCCCCAGGAGUGGUAAUGCUCUGUAGGAAGUUCUAAGAGGGAUGCAGAGAUGGUCCUCCACAUCAGGCAGUGGCCAUGGGAGGAAGAGGGAUAAGUAGAAGGGACCAGCUUAGUCUUGGGAGAAAAGGGAGAAGCCCAUGCCAGGCAUCACGGUUAGAACAACAAAGUGUAUACUUUUCCAUUGUAUAUUCAAACUCAGUGUGGCAUUUCAACGUUGGCUUCUAGCUCUUCUUCUGGCAUGCUACUUUCAUGUAUAUUUUCUGGGGUAGCUCCUUAAUACCCAGGCUUCAGAGCCAAGGGGCUAUCUUUAGCACCCUUAUCUGAAGUCACCUCCCUACCCCUUUCACUUUCUCUACCCCUUUAUCCUACUUUUAUGUUCUCUAGAACUCUUGCCACUUUCUGAAAUAUUUUGAAAUGUGUAUGUGCAUAUGUGUUGUAAUUUUCAUAAACUCUGUCAUUUUUUAUGCUGUGUCUUAGGGCCUUUACCAUUAUUUAUCCACAAAUACUUAUUAAAUUAACAGGCAAACAUACACAUAUGUACAUCAAGGACACUCAGUUUACAUGUGUCUGAGUUAGAAUUUCAAAGGCAUUAUGGGAAAGAGUCAUUUUUAAAAGGAUGACAUUUAAGCUGGGCAUGAUGGUGCAUGCCUGUAAUCUCAGCACUCAGGAGACCAAGGCAGGCGAAUGGAGGUGAGUUCAAGGAUACAUUGUGAUUUUUGAGACCAGCCUAAACUAUACAGUGAGACUGUUUAUCAAAAACCAAAAACAAUUUUAACUAAAAAUAAUAAUAGGAUGACAUUGUGUGUCUCCGCUUCUAGAGGUCAGUUUCUGUACCCAUGUGAAGAUGCAGUAACUUCCUUUUGUCGGCUUCCAUCAGAGGUCCGGUGAAGACCCUCAGAGUGGAGCACAGGGCUGCUUCAGGGUGUCACGGCAGUCAAGGGCUGAGUCUUCGUCUGGGAGGCCCCAUGAUCAGCUUAUGUUCUCUAUGUUGCACAAUAGUUUGCUUUUUAAUGGUAUUUCUUUUUCUUAAAAGGCAUAUUUUACAAAGAAAACUGAAGUGAUAAUUGAAUUGAACAGGAAGGUUUUAUCUCUUACAUGUGCUGAUAACAUGAAGAUGAUAAAUGUCCUGUCUUAGGGCACCUACUCAGGCAACUAGAAUUGAGCAGCCCACCAUGAGAGAAUCAGAGACUUUUGGCCUUGAAAAUUAUUACAAUUAACAUCUGAAUAUCUUUAUUGGAAUGAAGAGGCAAGAAUUAUUUAAAUCCCUAGAGCUUGACAUGAAAUGUGCAUUGAGAGAGGGAGAGGAGUAGCUUACAGGAAUCAGAAAUGGAUAGUUAUUUAACUUGAAACAGCCCAUGUAAUUGGCAGUGGGUUCUACACUUUGGGCAUACCUGUAACAGUAUCUUCCCUUUUCUCAUCAUGAAUCAGGCACUGAGUCAAGGAUGGAAAUACAGUAAAGAGAAAAAGUAGGCUAGGCUUUUAUCAUCACAAGACUGAUGUUAAUCAGCCAUAUAAAUAAGUGAAAAAUAAUAGCCAUGGUAUGCCCAUCCACAGAAGAAUGAAUAAAUGAACUGGGGUGUGUUCACACAGUGAACAAUGGACCAUGAGAAGGAAUUCCCUAACUAUGUGCAACAAAUGUGGAUGAAUAUCAUAAAUGAUAUUAUUGAAAAUAAGUGGAGACAAAGACACAAAACUAAAACAUACAGCAGACAUGCCUAAGCUGUGCCAUUGGAGGUACCAUGCUGGGUGUUUCUCUCAGUGUGGUACAGCAGGCUGAUGUGGGCUGCUUAGGUUACUGAGGCUUAGCUUGAAACUCAGGGGUUAGGAAAUGGCAGAAAGAUAGCGGCUCAGCAAGGAGAGACGCGACCGCCGAGCUCUGGGAACGGGAGUCCCCAAACGGAGUCCCCACGCCAUCGGAAACCGCGGUUUAGAUUUCCCGCCGCCAGGUGCCCGGCUACCUCCAUAGCGGCUCGGCAAGGAGAGACACGCAGAGGCUUGGGAACGGGAAUCUGCGAACGGAGUCGGAAACGCGACGGCCAGGGAGGAAGGCUGACUGGUGGCGAGGUGAGCGAGGAACUGAUUCCCUACCGCAGUUUGACUCCAGCGGAGGUUUUUCUGGGCGCGGGCAGUCCUGUAAGAGCAGGGCGCGGUGGCAACUGCAGCCGAACAUUUCCCUCUCGGACGGGAUUGGUGAAAGGUGCCUGGCCGGAGGGACGCUGCUCGUGGACUCCCUAGGCUGGCCUAACCCAGAUCCCAGAGCCUGAUGGUGGCCCGGAGGAGCGACCGACUCCCGCGUAGGCUGCCUCCUCCGCAACUCCCUGGGGCGCAGCGGUGAGCGGGAACAACUAGCCAGCGCAAUUUGAUCAAGCUGUGGCUGACAGGCAGGGAAGCCGGGCCUCCUGUGUAAGAUUACAUUUUAUAAGGAACAGAAAAUAUGGGGAAGGGAAGCAACAAAAAAGGCUCCUCGACCCCCAAUCCUGAGAAUCAGGCAAUUGUGGACACUGCACCAAUAUACAUUAAGCGCCAUUUAGAGAGCCUCAUAGACCAAUUCAGGAAUGAAGUUAUCAAUGACCUGAAGCUAGAAGUAUGCAGAAUAGUUAGAGAAAUGCUAAGCACCACCCAGGAAAAAGCGGAUGGUGGAAUGGAAGAACAGAAAAAGAGGGGAGAAUUGCUUGAUGGAGAAAACAGAGAAAGCAUUGAGUAUGUGAAGCAGGUGCAAAGGGACUAUCAAGAAAUUAAGAAGUCUACCCAAGACUGGCAUAACAGCUUGAAAGAAACUAAGGACAGACUAUCUGAAUUGGAGGGCAGACUUGAAACAUGGGAGAAUGAAAUGAAAAACUUCUUAAAAAUAACAAAGAAACACACAGCAAUAAUACAAAGACAAGAAGAUGAUAAGAGGAGCCAUAACUUAAGGAUUAAGAACAUAAAAGAAGAAGUAGGGACACAAACAAGUGAACUACAAAAGCUACUCACAGAAAUAAUCCAGGAGAAUUUUCCUAAUUUAGCAAAAGGUAAAGAUACUCAAAUGUAUGAGGCAUACAGGACCCCAGCUACCUACAACCCUAACAGAGAAACACCCAGGCAUAUAAUAAUAAAAAUUCCAGAAAUUCAAUACAAGAACAGAAUAUUAAAAGCUGUAAGAGACAAGAAACAGAUCACUUACAAGGGAAGACCCAUCAGAAUUACAGCAGAUUUCUCUUCACAAACCAUCAAAUCACGAAGAGCAUGGGGAGAAAUAAUUCAAGCUUUGAAAGAUAAUAAUCUACAGCCAAGAUUGAGAUAUCCUGCACAACUGUCCCUGGAAAUUGAUGGAAAAACGAGGUGCUUCCAGGAUAAAGAGGAACUGGGGGAAUUUGCAACCACCAAUUCAACCCUACAGAAAGUAUUGCAGGAUAUUCUAAAAAAAGAAAAAUACAAAGAACCCAGAAAUAGGGGCGGGGAGGCCACAACGAAUGGAGCAGAGAACAAAAUGAAGAAGACAAACUGACAGCUACUGACAGAAAAAGAGCUCAACAGAAAUGAGACAGAAGAUUGGAUGAUAGGAACAGCUUUUUUUGGAGAAAAUGACAUCUUAAUAGGUAAUGCUGAUUUAGUACCAUCUUGUUUUGAAGUCUCAUCUAGCUUUUGUUCUUCUGUCUCCAAUGGUCUAAACAGGUUGUAUCUUAUUGGAUUUUGUUAUGUACGAUAGUAUAAGAAAAAACCUUUUAAAGACAAGGAGAUUAUACAGAGACCAUUGUUCAUUUUCUGUUAGUUGAUUCUAAAUACUCUAUAAUGCUGUCAUUCUCUUAAAUGGAUUUACAUUGUUUUGAUAUACUUAAUGCUACAGUAUAUGAAGUUGUACUCAAGGACUUCAGGGAGGGAGUCAAUAUGGUAACUAUUUUUGGGUCAGGAUUAGCUGGUGGUGAAACACUAUUCUGCUUAAAUGGUUAUGUUUUGAUCUGCCCUGUUUCGCUGUUAUGCCCUCCUUUUUCUCAAUCUCCACUCCAUUAUUUACUUUUUUAUUUUUAUCCAUUUAAUUAAAGGGAAAAAUAUAGCAGGAUAUAAUAUAGUAACCCACUUUGACUUUCUAUUAUCUCGAUUUGAAGCCCUGUAUUACUCUCACCAUCUUGUUUUUGACUGAGGUUCCUAUAUUCUGUUUUGCUGGAUAGUAUCAGGUUCGAAAGUUUAGGCAUCAGCUGAGAAGAUAAUGAGAUUCAUUAUAACGCCCAUUCUCGUUGACUUUUAUCUACUUUUGAAGACCUACAAUAUCUCCAAUGUUUUGGUUUUGUCGGUUUUAUUCUUUACGGUUUUGUUCAAUUGUAUUACAACUAAUGAUAUAGGCAAUUCUAUUAGAAAUAGCGGGAGGCAUUAUGGUAACCAUUGUUGAUCACCUUGUAUUAUGUUCUUAUAUUAUCUAUUAUGUCCACCCUUUUGACUUGACCGAUUCUGUUCUGUUAUGUCACAUUUGGUUUUACUCUCUUCCAAAAAAGCAACAAGAACCGUGGGAGCAAUGAAACCCAAAAUGUGUAAUAGUCACUGUACAAAAGAGAGGAAAAGAAAGUGCUCUAAACUAUAUAACUGCAUGUAUAUUUAAAUGUAUAAGAUAGAAAAUGAUAUCACAGAGUUUUAUUGGAUCAUUGAACAGAACUGUUUGCAGUAUCAUUGUUGGAAUGUCCACUCUACAAGCUUUAAUUUUGUGACUUAAACAAUUAUUUCUAAGAUGGCAAUAUGUAAUCCAUUAACUAGUGAUUUCCUACUGCGCAUUUUUUUAUUCUGUAAAUCUGUAUAACUUGUACCCCUUCACUGUUUUUUUUUUCUUUCUUUUCUUUUCUCCUUAAAUAAAAAUUAAAAAAAAAAAAAAAAAAAAAGAAAGAUGGGCUACUAAAGACAGUGUUGAGAUGUAAGCCAGAUGUGGCAGGUCCCAGGAAAGUGAUAAUUGAGCUGAAUCUCUUGGUAUUCAUUAGUUUAGCAGAUACGAGUCAUAGUGCCUCUGAGAACCGUCAUCUCUGAAUUAUCACCCAUUUAACAAAUAUAUAGUCCAAAAAGCAAUGCAUCUUGUUAGCUUUGAGACCACAGGACCCACAAUGAGGAAAGGCCAUGAGUCCUGUGUUAUGGCUUAUAUCUAGAUGUCCUCCAAAGCCUCAUGCAUUGUGCUUUUCAGAGCUGGCUGAAUCUAGGCUGUGAUGCUGGGAUUAAGAGUGCCCCACCCUGAGUGUGGAUGACACUACCAAAGGGCAGGUAGCCUGGAUGGAGUAUAAAGCGACAGAAAGAAGGAAGGCUACUGCUGCUGCUGCUUGCUCUUGCUCCCUCCUGCCUGUUUUGCUGUGAACUCUUUCUCCUCUGCAAUGCUUCCCUGCUCGGGAGUCAGUCAACUAUGGACUGAAACCUCUAUAAACUGAGCCAAAGUAAUCCUUUCCUCUUUUUCCUCUUUCAACUUGUGGGUGUUGGAUAUUUUCUGUUAGUAAGGAGAGAAGUAACAUACCAUGAUUGCACAGGUAGCACACUAUAUACUGAUUUAGCUGGGAAGUUCACUCCAUUUGACUAGCCCAUGUGUUUUUGUUUUGUUUUGUUUUAGAAUAGAAAAUGAAAGUGGGUGGGGUUUAGAGAUAAAGGCAGACUGACAAUUAACCAGCUUAAUCCUGGGAAGCCAGGCCAGUUCUACCCAGAAAGCAUGUGUCCUGAAAUGAGUGUCUCCAAACUUAAUGGGCAUGGGUGGAUCUGGUCUUUACUCAGCCAGUUUUGUUGGUAUUUUUUUUUUUUUGGGUGCCAGGGAUCGAACCCACAACUAUGCACUUGCAAGGCAGUUGCCUAUGCUGCUGAGCUAUGCUGCUGAGCUAAAUCCCCGGCCCACUUAGCCAGUUUUUGUUAUUGAGUUCCUUUGCUAUUGUGAGCAUCUUGCUGCUUAACAUUCCAUUUUUUGUACUAUACACUGUUGAUAUAAAUAACCAUAAAACUUAUAUUUUCUGCAGGGCCAACCUGCACCCUGUUAUAAUAGAACCACCAUGCAUUUAGAGCCACUGUCUGAGCCAUAUCCCACUAAGACUUUUAGGACCAGGCCUCAGGCAUUAGCCAGAGGCCUUUUAAAAUUAUUUUAUUUAAUGUGUGUGUUAUUUGUUGUUUUAAUCUUGUCUUGCGGUUACUCUAACCUAGAUUGUGCUGUUGUGAUGAGCAGUCCUCAUAGCAGUUUACAGUGGGUUCAUUACAUGUCUUACUUUUCACCCUGCCACACAUUCAUCUCAGGUGAGCCGUGGCUAUGUUCUAUGUGGUCUGUAUGCCAGAAUGGAGGAGCAGCCCUUAGCUAUGGCAGGUUGCUCUUGUGGUGGGAGGAGAAGAGAAGGUGGUAGUGGGCUGUGGUGGCCACAGCUUUUGCUGACUUGAUGUGUGUCACUUUCAUGAGACUCACUUCAAACUUGAUGAUAACAAGCCAGGAAUCAUGGUCCUCUCACAGUGAGGGGCCCUACAAGAGGGAGUCUGAACUGUCUGGUGGGAUAUGAUAUAGGAUACCUCAGCAAGCAAUGCUUUUUCAUCUGGCAAAGUCGUGGAAGAUGGGUAUAUUGUAGCCAUUAAAAUUGACAAUGAAGAUUGUACUUGCCAGCUUUGAAAACUGACAGGCUUACUUUUUAUGUAUGCCAAAAUGGAAUAAAAAAAGUAAAAAGUAAAAUUAAAAAGUUUUGAAUUUAUGUUAAUUUGGGUAGGAAAAUGAAUGUAAAGAUCUUGACCAAAUGUAGCAAACCUAGAUAUCUACAGAGCCCAUGUGGAAAAGGCAUCAGGUUGACAGCUUCUCAGUGCUAAUGACUGUCACUAUGCAGGAUUUCAGACUCUGUCCUCUGCUCUUCUAGGUGUGUUUCUUGUUGUUUAGUUGAAAACCUGGAUUUAAAUGUUAAGAUCUCUUAUUUUUAAAUUCUGGAAGCUAAUUAAAUUGUUAAACUUACAUGGAAUGCUGAAUUGCUACUCUGAUAGAAACUGAAUUAUUCUUUGCAAUGAGAUUUCAUACAUUUUUAUCUUUUAUUAUUCUAUAUUUUUUUUACUUCAUUUCAAAGUGAAACAUUUCUUUUAGGCAAAGAAUAGGAAAAAUAAGCAAAACAUUUAUUAAAAGUACAAGAAUAUUUUACACUUUUUCUUUCUUUCUUUUUUUUUUUUUUAUUGGUACCGAGGAUCGAAGUCACGACCGCCUGCUUGCAAGGCAGGUGCUUAUGCUGCUGAGCUAAAUCCCCAGCCCAAAAGUACAAGAAUAUUUUAGCUAUGAGAAUUACUCCUGGCUUUAUAAUUCUCUAUCCAGUUUACCACUGGUGUUUAAUCACAGGAGUGACCUAGAGCACUGGCCAUAUUCCGAGCUGCUCAGUUGUGUAUAAAGCUGCCAGGAUCAGACUGUGCCAGCAUCAGGAGGGGCUGAACCAAGAGGGAGCCAGGAAGGGAAGGCUGGGUCCUUGUUGCUGUCUCACUAAUGUUCACCAUCAGGAUUUUCUGUGCUGGCUUUGGUUGACAUGGAGCUAAGAUACAGUGACCUGUAGAGGAACUAGUUGACACUUUGACAGCAAGAAGAGCCCUUCUGAGGGCCAGUUUCAGGACAGCUGCUGGGUAAACUCAGAUGAAACAGCCUGGCAGUCAUCUGAAGAGCAGCUACCACAGUCUCUCCAUCUGCACAGUGGGCCAUCUGCUGUUAAGGACACAGGAAAGCACCCACAUGGGAGGAGCAUGUAUAAAUAUGUGUGUCAGAGGAGUUUUUAGAUUUCAUACAUGCUGUUGAAUAUGAAGGGGCUUUUUUUCCCUCCUAACUGUAAUUCCCUGCCUCAUCAUCCAUCAUGCAAAUGUGAUUCUUAUGCAUUUUCUAAACAAGUAAUCAAAACAAGGUUUUAAGCUGUAUUUGAGCUGCAAAUAAGUUUAGUAUAAAAUGCAGUUACUUGCCUCAAAGAGUCAAUAAGAGUAUUUGGAUAUUUGAAAGGUUUAAAUUACUCUUAAUCAGAACUCAGAGUAAUGUCCAUUCCAAGAAUGAAUAUAAGCUAGAACUCAGCCUUUAGUAGAUGAUAGCCAAUUUCUUAAGAAAGAGAAAAAAAAAAAAAAAAAGAAAACUUUUUGGGCUGGGGAUUUAGCUUAGUGACAUAAGCACCUGCCUGGCCAGCACAAGCUCAUAAUUUGAUCCCUGGUACCAGGAAACAAAAAGAAAAAAGAAAACUUUUUAAAUGCUAAAGGUAGUACAUAUUAUAGAAAUUUGGAAAAUAAAAGGAAUUUAGAAAGAAGGCAAACAAAUGACUCACAUUCCCCCACGAAGACGCAAUUGCAGUUCAUGUCUCCUAGUUUUUUCUCUAUGCAUUCUCUUUAGAGGAACUUCGGUGAAGUUCUGUGUCUUGUGUUCUGCUUCUUAAUUUAACAUAAAAAUUUUAUCAUGUUAUUCAAUACCUUUUUUUUUCUUUUUUCUGAUUCAUUCCUUUGUGGCAUUGGGGAUUGAACUCAUGUUCUUUGCACUGAGCUAAUCUCCAUUCAGGUUUUUUUUUUUUUUUUUUUUUCGUUUUUCGUUUUUAUCGGUACCGGGGAUCGAACUCAUGACUGCCUGCUUGGAAGGCAGGCGCUUAUGCCGCUGAGCUAAAUCCCCAGUCCCCUCCAUUCAGUUUUGAGACAGAGUCUCAUUACAUUACCCAGAUUGGGCUUAAAAUUGGGAUCCUUCUGCUUUAGCCCCCAAGAGUGCUGAGAUUACCAUACCUGACUCAUUUAGGCAAUUUCUAAUUCCUCGAUGUCAUAGGCAGUUAUGGGAGCUAUACUGUCUUUCAAGCAUUUUUCUGUAUUUUAAGUUUCUUUUCUAAGUAGUUUUGUGUUGGAGGAGGCAGCAGAGUGGUAUUGUGGAAAGGGCAUAGAGUUUUAUAGUAAAUAGAUACAAAUUCCAAUCCUGCCCUUCCUGUUUCCUGGCUCUGUGACCACAGACACAUUAUUAAUUGCUUGUUCCUUAUUUCUUCAUCUGUAUCAUAGGACACUGUCACUUAAUUUACAGGGUCAUUAUGAAAUUGUAAAUAGUGAUUGUGAAGUUUCCAGCUUCCAGGUGACACUACAUUAGUUAGUAUACCUUUUGCUGUAAGGAACAGAAGACCUGAUUUUCACAGACUUGGAAUUCACACCCACACAUCUGAACUCUGUCCUGAGAGAGCUGUAACCUUGGGCAAGUAACAUUUCUGAGCCACAGUUUCUAUAUAUAAAAUGGGGAUCAUGGAAUAAAGCUCAUAAAAUGGGUAUGAGGAAUAAAAGAAAUUAGUAAUAUGAGAUAAUAUAUAAAGGACUUUGUAUAGUUCCUGUAGUAUAUUGUAGUUUGUACUUAACACAUGGUAACCAUUAUCAUUAUGAUUAUUGUUACACUUUUAUCAUUUUCACUAUCUGUAGUGUAGGUGAGCUCUAUGAAAGCUGCUCUAGGAGAGUGUGAUAUUCCUCACUCCAUUUGUGAGUAAUGAUGGCAGGUCUUAGGAGGCUACUAGAGGAACCAACAUCUUCACAUCUGGUUCUUGGAGGAACAGGUCCUUAAUGCUGAGCAGGGCAACCCAGGUGGGUUAGGAGGGCAGAGGUCCCAUUGGUGCGCUAAGGCUCAGAGAGUGUUGUAGUCAGGGGUUGUACACAGAGAACAAUUCAGAUCAGGAAAUCGAGUUUGUAAUAUUUUUAUAAUGGUCACCAGAAGUUAACACAGGAAAAUGCAGGAAAUCUAUCCACAGCACCAAAGACAUAGAUUAUUUAGUCAAGAGCCUAAACCCCACAGCAGCGUCCCACAUGAGUCCAGAUAAAAAUCCAGAGCUCAGGACAGUGCCUCCCACGAGUCCAACUGGAGGUCCAGAGCCCACAAGAAGGACUCACACCAGUCUCUUUUACGGAUCCGUGCCGGGAAGACCCAAAGGUCAGUGGUGGAAGCCAGAAAGUCUAUGCCAGCAGGAUGAAGGAACUGUGCUAGCGGGAUGAGGGUUCUACGCUGGAGCUGGAGAAGUCACGCUCACAAGAAAGACCAGGGCUAUCGUGAAAGGCACCACAGCUGUCCUCAGCGACACGGAGGCCCCGAGCUCCUCCUUCGACAAGCACAGUCGGUACGUGCCAGGAAGCAGUGUGGCGAGUUCAUCCUGGAGACCAACCAUCAACCUGGUUCCCCUCCAGAGCCAGGAAACAAUGCUCGAUGUGAGGACUAAAGCUUCUCCAGGAGAACCAACAGCUCAGACAGCAACUCAUAGGAGAACCCACAAUGCCUCCUUAACGCCUCAACCCCUCAACACCUCCCUUCUUCUCCACCUAUUUAUCCUGGCAACUUUCCUCAGGUGGAGCAUCUUCACUCAGUGCCAUGCUGAUGUAAUCCAGCUGGCGUUAAGUUGACCACCAGUUCUUAACCCGUAACAGAGAGAGAGAGAGAGAGAGAGAGAGAGAGAGAGAGAGAGAGAGAGAGAGAGAGAGAGGAAAUCAAAGAAUAGCAGGGGAUGGGAGGGAAGGGAGAGGGGAGUGGAGUUAUGACCAGUAGCCUCAGUCAGUGCAGGCCCAAAAAUAUUACCCAGUUAACUGAACCCUGGGAGGGUUGUGAGGAGGAAAAUAGUAGAUUAUUAAAUUAUGAUUUAUUUGUGUUGUUUUCUCUGGGGUUGGAGCUUUCUUUUUCAUGUUGAAGUUAUCGAUCUACAAUGUAUGCAUGAUGCUCUCUGCUCUGCAGCAAAGUAAAAAAUAUUAAACUUUGAUGGAACACAUAUGGAAAUAAAAUAGACUCAUCCUAGAAAAAAGUUGACCUUUUGCACAAAGUUUUAGCAAAUGAGUCUGUCUGUGUUAUGUAAGAUUUAAGUUUUGUCCCUGAGUUGAGCAGGAUCAAAAAUACUCAAGAAAAACCCUUUUUUUUGUCAGAUGUAAUAGCACAUACCUAUAAUCCCAGCAUGCGGAAGGCUGCAGCAGGAGGAUCACCAUGAGUUUCAGGCCAGUCUAGGCUCCAUAGUGAGUUGAAGGACAGCCUGAACUAUGUAGUGAUAUCCUGUGUCAGAAAACAAAACAAAACAAAAUGACAAAACACCCUUUUUCUUUUUCAGAGUAUUAAGAAUUAAAGGGAAUUGCUUGUCCUCAACAUCUUCUGAGCUGUUGCCGAAACUUUUAGCUGGCAUCAUGAGGUCAGACAGUGCUCAUAACACAGCCAUAGCUUACAGUCUCUUCUUUCCAGAAGUUUUGUUCAUUCAUUCAUCCAAUCAUUCUUUUUUCUAGCCAACCAAGUUAACCCAGCGGUAGAUGUAUACUGGGUGCCUUCCGUGCCAUGGGGAUUCACUAAUGAGGCUAGACAUGUAAGAUCCUGUGCUGCUCCUGAGGAAGAGUAUACAUUCUAGUCAAUAAAUAAGAAAACAAGUAGCAUUGUGGAUUUUUGUAGCACUUAGUUCUGGGAUGAAAAUGAAAUGGUGAUACGCUGGAAGGGCUGAGCAUACUUAGUGGGAGUGACUUUAGGUGGAGUUGUCAGGGAAGCCCUCUCCUCAUUGGUGGCAGUAGGAAUGAAUCCUUGGGUUUAUUAGCAAGUGGGAUGAGUGGAUUAGACUUCACCAUUCCCAAGUUCAACCGUUAGUGUUACAGCUGCCUGUGUGUCAGUGUAUUCUAAGCUUGAUGUUUGUCAACUGAGAACUUUAGGGCCUGGAGGGAAGAACAUGCACCCUUUGUGCGAAUGCUACCAGUAGACCAAACCACAUUCUUUUGGAAACUUGUGUUUGUCCCUAGUCCUUCUGGACCCUUACAGCAGGGGCCCCUACCCUACCACCUAAGUGAUUACACUCACUACCUUUUGGCAUCCACAGUUCUGGGCAGCUUUUGACAGUAAAAAAAAGAAUAAAAAGCUAAAGAAAUGUCUUGAGGGGAAAUGACAUUCUACAUAAUGAGUCUCCUUUCUCUGCUUUAAUGUCCACUGAUUGGAAUACACCUAUUGGAAAGUCUUCUUUCAUGAUUUCUUUUCUUCUUCCUUUCUUUUUUUUUGGGGGGGGGUACUGGGGAUUGAACUCAUGACCUUGCACUUUGACAGGGAGGUGCUUGUGCCGCUGAGCUAUAUCCCCAGCCCUAGAAAGUCUUAUAAUAGGAAGAUAAUAAGAGUUACAGAGAAUAAAAGCCCUGUUUUACUUUCCUAUGUUUUAUGAAAACAAAUACAGAGCACAGAACUGUUAGGGAAACCAACCAGAGAAAAAAUAACAACCCAGACUCCAACUCUAGACUUUCUCAUUCCAUCUGUUUUCAUUUAUUCUUGAUCUUUGUGUGGUACUCAAGGGUCACUAUCCCCUGCUUGAUUUGCUUGCCAGAGUCUGAGGUCCUUGCAUUCAUCAUCCUCAUAGCUACCUGCCACACUCAUUUCCCUGACAACCCUCAGCCAAGAUGGAUGGGAAAAUCCAUCAGCUGGCAUUUUAUUUCAUGUCCUGUGAUGUUGGGGGAAUAGCAAGAGUUUGGGCUUUGGAGUCAGAAACUGUGAUACCUGCCUAUCCCAGUGACUUCAUCUAUAUGUCCUCAAGCAAAAUUUUUUACAAAAAUCUCUUUGGACUUCAGUUUCCUUUUGUACAAAAUGGAGAUGAUAAUGGAAAUAAAUUUAUUAGACAGUAGGAAUUGUUAGCCAGAGUGCCUGCAGCAUCCUAAGGCUUUAGUGGCUGUUUUUGCUUUUCUGUUUGCCCAAAAUGGGCAGUAGCUGAUCCAGUGAGCCCUGAGAUCAGAGACUUGGAUCUGGGUGUAGAUUUAUACCCUGAGAGCUUCAGAGAGGAGUGUUUGGUCGUCUGGGAUAGUGGGAGGGGCUGAUGCUGCAAGUUCAUCUUUUGUGGCCUGUCUUGGGUUAGGGUAUUAUACCCACAGAUGAUUUCCUUCAAAGCUAGUUCUCCUAGAACAGCCUGAGGAGCAACUGGGGUUUUCUUGAGCCUGCUUUCACUUCACAGCCUGGCUGACCUGAUUCCCACAGAUUGGGGAUGAGCAGGCUUUGUUUGCUCCAGGCCUCCAGUUGCAUCCAUGUUAACCUGCAAAAAUGGGCUAGGACAGGAAUGUGACUAAGGCCCAAUGUUUCACAACAGGCCAGUGGAACCCUCCAGUGCUCUUUACUUUGAUACAUCUAUUGUAAAUAAAGAAUAAAAUCAGCCUCCUGGUUCCCUGAGAGGAAGAAGUAAGUAUCAGUGGGUGUUUUGGAUAUCAGUGUAAUUGUGUAUAAAAGGAGGAGGGUGAUGCUUUUAGAUGGAGUGGCCAUGGUGUUUCCUAGGAGCUUAACCUUGUACCAGCCUGUCAUGCCCAGGCCUAGGGUAGAUGGAUUAAGAUCUCAUUUCCAUUUGGACUUUGCACUUACUCCUCAUUGAAAGAGAAUGUGUGCUUGCUCACUUUUGUGCAUCUCACCACCACCACAUUGAGAGAUCAGCAGAAGUAGGAGCUAAUAAGACGUGCCCAUUAUUAGCUAUGGUAGAGAAUAAAGACAUUUUGAGAAACACACUUCUGCUUUUUUACAUCUGUCUCCUAAAAUUCUGAGUUGUUCUCCAGCUUAAACAAAGAUCCUGUUUAUUAAACUAGUGCCCAGAACAGAGAUGGUCAUAUGGUAUUCUUAACCAAGAAAAUUAGGGAACAACCCUUCUUGCAUCACUUUUUGGAGACACACAAGAGGACACCUGUAAAGGCUCUGAGAACGUGCUAGAAGCAUACCUUGGACGUGGCUUUGGUUACCUCUAUCUUUACCCAUACUUGUAGACAUCUCCUGGGACACUGUUUCAGUACACAGUGUAGAAACCAUUAGUUUGUUUGAGACAGGGUUCUUACUGUGUUGUCAAGACUGGUCUCAAACUCCUGGGCUCAAGCAAUUCCCUUACCUCAGCUUCCCAGGACUUGUAGGCACAUGCCACCAAACCUAGUUUAAAAUGGUGAUUUAGAUACAUGUGACAGAUUCUUCCUGGAAGCUGCAUCCAGGAACAAGAUCUGGGUUCUCAGUCUUGGGUUCCUCUGGCUUUGCUCCCUAGAAGCCCCAUUGGAAUGGUGGUAUACCUAUGGGCUGUUGCCAUCACCCACAAUAUGGAGCUUACUGCACAGAGUCAGCCAUCAUGUGAUGAUAAUAUUAUUAAUUCCUCUGGUCCCUGUAGGGCUGAUGUAGGUUGAAAUGAUGGGUCACAAUCCAUUGUGCCAUACCUAGACUAAGCAUUGGGGUUGAAUUUGGAUCCACCUUGCUCAUGGAGGUGGCUGCUAGGAUCAAGUGAGAAAGCAGUCUGUAUCACUCACUCAGGAGCUUCUUGUGGCCCCAGCAACUUUAUACACAUGCGAGCAUUACUCCAGGUUGAUUUUCCAAAGAAGAUAGAACUUUUCUUAGUGAUGCUCAGGAGCAUUGCCAAGCUGUGGUCACACCCAGGUGGCCAUAUCAGCACAAUUGUGCCCUGCAUUUCCUCCCUAGGUCCAGGGAGAAAGCAGCAGCUCCCAGAAUUAGGUUUUGCAUCAUAACAACGUACAAACAGCCAUUUGUAUUCAGAGAGAGGGAAAGGAACAAAGACAGGAGCAGGGCAUCAUUUUUAGUAGAAAAAAUAGCAAUAGCUUGGUAUGAGCAGGGCGUGUGACAUUUCCAUGUGUAAGGUACGUUGCUGUCUGUGGAGUGGAGAGUGAACGCCUGGUUGCUUUCCUCUCUGCCAGAUGCUGUUUUAGGAAGUUACCUUUGUUGCUCAGAUGGUGUUCACAUUCUUCACUGCCAGCCUGACACAGGAUUCAGGAUAGUAGAGGGAAACUCCUAGGGUCCAAAUUGUGCUUGGAAGGAUAGUAAAGGGUCCUGGGCCCCUGGCCUGCAGGAGUAUGGCCAUUAUCCCAGGGCUUUUGCUACCUGAUGACCUUGACCAUGCCCUUUUCACAGCACCAAGCGUUGCUGUCUUUGAAUGUAAAAGAUAAGCUAGAGUAUUUUCAUUGCUCAAAUCCAGGCCUAACAUCUCUGAAUAUAUGAAUGGAAGUCAUCAGACAUGAGAUUAUGAAAGACAGCUUAUAUCCCAGCUUACAGUGAGACAGACAGGCAACAUGUCUACAAAGAUGAAUUUUUCUUAAGUAAAUGGAGUCCUGUAAUGCUUCAAUAUAACCAGAAUGAGUGUGAUAUAUUUUUUUUCUUGCUUCUCUUCCUAUUUUUUCUUGCUAUUCUUUUUUUAAAAAUUUUAUUUAAGGAGAAAAAGAAAAAAUACAGAAAAGGGGUACAAGUUAUACAGAAUUGUAAAAAAAAUAAACAGUAGGAAAUCACUAGUUAAUAGAUUACAUAUUGUCAUCUUAGAAAUAGUUGUUCAAGUUACAAAAUUAAAGCAUAUAAUGUGGACAUUCAAACAGUGAGACUGCAAACAGUUCUGUUCAAUGAUCCAACAAAAACUAAGUAAUAUGGUUAUCUAUUUUAUACGCUUAAAUAUACAUGCAGUUAUAUCUUUUGGAGCACUUUCUUAUCCUCUCUUUUUUAUAAUGAGAAUUACACAUUUUGUGUUUUAUUACUUCCACAGUUCUUAUUACUCUUUUAUGAAGAGAAUAAAACCAAAUGUGACAUAACAAAACAGAAUCAGUCAAAUCAAAAGAUGGACGUAGUACAUAAUGUAAAAUCAGAAUACAAGGUGAUCAACAAUGGUUACCAUAAUGCCUCUUGCUAUCUUAAAAAGAAUUGCCUAUAUCCUCAGUUAUAAUAAAAUUGAACAAAACAGUAAAGAACAAAACCAAUAAAACCAAGACAUUGGAGACAUUACAGGACUUCAAAAGAAGAUAAUAGUUAAACCAGAAUGGGCAUCAUAGUGAAUCUUAUUGUCUUCACAAUUGUUGCCUAUACUCUCAAACUUGGUACUAUCAAGCAAAACAGAAUAGAGAAAAAUCAGUCAAAACAAAAUGGUGACAGCAAUACAGGGUUUCAAAUCAAGUUAAUAGGAAAUCAAAGUGGGUUACUAUAAUAUAUCCUACUAUUUAUUUAUUUUUCCCUUGAUUAAAAAGAUAAAAAUAAAUAAUAAAAAA